AUGCAAAAUGACGGCGCUCUGCGGGCCAUCGCCACUCGUCUGAGUCUAACUCCAGUUGAAGACCUUCCUCGAAUAUGCGGCUUCCUCGCGACUGCGUUGGCUCAAUGUCCAGUCGAACUGCUCUCCUCAGACAGCAAAGGCAGCAGCUCUUCUGUAACUGCGCACAAACUCAAGACUCGAAUUAGCUCCUUGUUGCAAGACAAAUCUACCGCUGGCCGACUUACCGCUGCCGUACUCAUCAAGGCCAUCGUUGACAAUGGCGGCUUGAAGGUGCUCACUAACUGGGAAGGUUGGACUAGAGGCUUGCUCAGCUGCUUGGGGAAAGCCGAACCGUUUGAAGUGAAGAGGGUCUAUUUGGUUACUGUCACUCGGAUUUUGGUCCUCUCUCAGAAUCAACCAGUGUUGUUGCGGGAGGUGACAACACCGCUCCUCCCGGCUUUCAUAACCACUUGUCUUAGCCUCCUCAAGCCCGUUAAACCUCUUGUUGCUGAAGGCAGACCCACGGAUGUUGUUCACCCCCUACUCGAGUCGGUGCUACAAUGCUGGAUCCAGUUGUUGCCCCAGCACGCGACGAUCUUUCGUCCCUUCCUCACCCGUAUCAAGCUGAUUUGCCUGAGUCUCCUUGAAGACUGUCGGAGUUCGACGACUACUACAGAGCGUGCCAUCCGGCUUCUAUGCUUGUUAUUGUCCUGCGCACCCAAGAACACAACGGCUCAGGAAUGGACCCAGACAAUUUCCGACCUCAUCGGCAGCGCUCAUCAGACUGCUGACAGAUUAUUCAGAGCAGUCCUCGAAGAAUAUGAAUCCAAUGAUGUAACCCGUCAGAAGGCAGUCGGAAAGCAUGAUUUCUCCAAGGAACCGAAGACCUCAAGCGCCGACCAGGUGGGACUGGGCCCGUGGAAUGGCAUGCAUGACGGCAGCACCAGGCUUGCAAUGUUGAUUGACUGGUUAGCAUCUUUAGUCUCAACAGCGACGUCUCAAGCCGUCACGGUCCCUCUGGGAUCUAUCGUCGACUUGACUGCGCGUAUACUGGCGAUGACCGUACCUGGAAGCAGGUCAAGUGUACCUGAUACUGUAAAGUAUAACAAAGAAGCGAGCCGAGAAGAGAAGGACAAUCUUUGGAUUAACUUGCCUCGUCUCCACGUGUCCUGUCUUCGUCUGCUGCAGAAAAUGUGCGAAACCUAUGAACAGUCCUUGCUCCCCGCAAAUGGAACGCUGGUCAACCACAUUUUGGAAUCAUUUGUUGCCAUGUCAGCUGAUGGGAGGGUCCGGCGAGACGUCUACGCCAUUUUCAGCUGCCUUCUGAGCAGCAUGAACACCGCCAAUCUUGUGUUGCGUGGGACUACCUUCUCAACUUUACUUGAACAAUGUUGCAAUGACCUGCAAAGAGGCAUUCCGGAAUUGGAUGACCGAAGCAAAAUGAAUCCUACAAAAGAUGGGUUCUUGAGUGCCAAAUCCACUUUGUCAGUUGGUGGAGGUCCACCACUUCCGGAGAGACAGCCCGAGGUAUUCCAAGCGGCUUGGAGGUUGUUGCCAGAAAUUGUUCUCCAUUGUCCGACAUCCAUGAUAUCCCGCCAGGCAAGAAUAGAAGCGGAUAGACUGUCUGUGUUGCUUGGUCAUCAUGAUGCCAUGCUUGCCAGCGUCAUGCGCCCUAUGCUGUCCAAGGAUGGGAAGAUAAGGACUGCCAGUCUGCUUCCAUUUCUCGCGAGAUCUGCGGCAGAUACUCUUGCCAUCGAGGCUUUAUUAAGGCCUCGAAUGCCCGUUACGCAAGUCACCGAGACUUCCACCCAGGCAUCUCGUGAUGCCCAAGCCCAUGUCGAUGAUCAGAAGGAGGUCAAUAUGUCCGAUGGGGAUGGUGACAUCUUGUCCAUCCCCCAGGGCCCUGCCGAAGCUGUUGAGACCAGCUCCGAACGACGGAUAACCGAUAUCGUCGGGCAACAAGACGGAGGCGAGGCCAUGCAGACUUUGACGGCGAGGAAGCGAAAACUUGAGGGUGUCCAAGACAGUGAUUUUCAAAUGCAGACAUCCAUAUGUGAAGAUUCCGAAGUGCUGAGUUCGAGACUGUCUAAAGUGCCACGGCUCGAGGAUGACGCCGUAGAAGAGACGGUAUUGGAGGCGGAUCGUCUGAUUGACACAUCUAUGGCCAAACCUGUGGCCACCACAACAUCUGGAUUAGAAGAACUUCCCUCCAGCACGGGAGCUGCGUCUACUGGAAUAGUGACCAAGAUGGUUUCCCCUGGAGCCGUGGGACACAACGACAGUGACACUAGCGACUUUGAGAUCCCGGAAAUUGACCCCGGGUUGGACACAGACGAAGAGGAUCUUGAGUAA